AUGCGUUCAGUAUCUGCAAUGAAGUGGUACCCAAAGGGUAACUCUAGUGAUAACGACGCUUCUGUCCGAUCAUUAGUAGACUCAGAUAGUGAUGCAAUGAUGUCUCUUCCUUGCCACUCUUCUGCCUACUCUCGAAUUUUCAGCAAGCAAAACCAAAAAUCCAAUCUUUUGCCCACCUUCUUAAGAAAAGGUGCAAACAAAAGCAACUUAACACAAGGAAAUUUGUCGAAAUUUAAAUUAGGGUGCUGUGCAGAGAUCCUUUUCAGCUCUCCAACUCCUUCUGUUCAUGAUGAGCCACAAUACUCAGAGCUUGAGCAUGAAAUAAUCCAAAGACUUAGAGAGCUGGAACCUUCAAAUAAAAUCAACUCAAUUGAGCUGGGGAAAAUUAAAGACGCUUUUCUUUGGAUUUUUGACCCAAGGUUUGGUGAAGAAAGAAAAGUAUUUAAAAUUGGCCACAGAAAAAUCCUCUCAGACAAAUUCUUAAUAUUCAGGGAAGGGUUUAACAUUAGCGAAGAAAUCCUUAACUGCUAUAUGUCGAUUAUUGUACAAAUGAACCGCAAUUUAUUGAAUUAUAACAAAGUAGCUGCAAAGGUGAUGGUUGCAGAUUCCCAAUUCUCAGAAGCUUUAAUUCUUAAAGGGAGAUCAAUUAUUCAACCGAAAGUUAAUAUUUUGAACUAUGAUUUAUUGAUGUUCCCGGUAUACACAAAUUAUUGGUCACUUCUAGUAGUGAAUAUGAAUUUAAAUACAAUUACGUAUUUUGAUCCGUUUACAAAUGUCACAGAUACUGAAAUUUUUACAAAAGUUAUAAAUAAAUUUAUUCACAGAGCAGUAAGAGCUCAAAAACUGACGACUGAACACAUACCGGAAUAUAAGUACAGAGCUUCUGACUCAUCUCCUUUUAAUUAGGAAAAAAUACAAAAUAUUUAUUUUUUAGUUAUUUUAAACAUAUUUUUUCAAAAAUUCCUAUAAAAUAAGUUUUGACCUAAUUUAAUGGCAAAAGUGCAUAUAAAAUAUUAUUUAAACAUUUUUCAUACUAAAUCGAAUAAAUUUUAAAUUAAUUAUCCACAAAAUAUUAAAGUUCAAAAAUAUUGUGUUCAAUUUAUUUUUUUAAUAAAAUAUAAAACAGGUUUUUUUUUUUUUAAUUUAAACUGGGAGUGAGUGCUUUAGAGGAAGUGGAGUUGAUAGUGGGGUUAUUAUAUGUAAUAUUGCAGAAUCUCUAGCAAUUGGAAAGCAGCUUGCUACAAGCCAGUCUUCUAUAGACACAUAUAGGAGGCAAAUGAUGAUUACUUUAAUCAAAGCAAGUCUUCAAUAA